AGCAGCGCGAGCGACGCCAAAUGCUUCCGGGUCUGCCUUCCCUGAGCGGGGAAGCGCGGGAGAUUUGAUUCCUAACGGAGAGCCAUAACCUUCGGGUAUCUAUAAAAUGGAUGAAACUGCAAAUGGUUUAAAACUGGCUCUUCAAAAUGACUGUGAGUCCUUGCCUAUACAUAUAGAAGUUCAUCAGAAAUCAAACAGCACUGCAAAGAAAGAAGAUAUCAGCUUGAGUGUCCUGAAGCUAUUAAAUAGACAUAAUAUUGUAUUUGGUGAUUACAAGUGGACGGAGUUUGAUGACCAUUUCCUAACAAACAAUGUGCAAUCCAUUGCAAUUGUGGAUACAGAAUUAAAGCUGAAGGAAAGACAGCCUAUUAGCCUGCAUAAGUGCAGCCUUUCAAUCCUUAUUUUUCAUCUCAAUGAAGAAGCACCCAGUACUGAAAAUCUAGAAGCAGAGGAUGAGGAUAUUAUUGCAGCUAAUCACUGGGUAUUACCUACAGUUGAGUUCCAUGGUCUGUGGGAUAGCCUUAUUUAUGAUGUUGAAAUAAAAUCCAAUCUAUUGGAUUAUGUGACUACAACAUUACUAUUCUCUGACAAAAAUGUUGACAGCAACUUGAUAUCCUGGAACAGAGUUGUUCUUCUUCACGGUCCUCCAGGAACUGGUAAAACCUCUUUAUGUAAAGCACUGGCUCAGAAGCUGACAAUUAGACUUUCACAUAGAUACCGUUAUGGACAGUUGAUAGAGAUAAAUAGUCACAGUCUCUUCUCUAAGUGGUUUUCUGAGAGUGGCAAACUUGUUACUAAAAUGUUCCAGAAGAUUCAAGCAUUAAUUGAUGACAAAGAUGCCCUUGUAUUUGUACUGAUUGAUGAGGUGGAAAGCCUCACAGCAGCUCGUAGUGCUGUUCGAGCAGGUACUGAGCCGUCUGAUGCGAUCCGUGUCGUAAAUGCAGUACUGACACAAAUAGAUCAGAUCAAAAGGUAUCCUAAUGUUGUUAUCUUAACAACUUCUAAUAUCACGGAAAAAAUUGAUAUGGCCUUUGUGGACAGAGCAGACAUCAAGCAAUACAUUGGUCCUCCUUCUGCUGCAGCAAUAUUUAAAAUCUACCUUUCAUGCUUGGAAGAACUAAUGAAGUGCCAAAUAAUAUAUCCUCGACAGCAGCUGCUGACAUUGCAUGAGCUAGAGAUGAUUGGUUAUUUAGAAAACGAUGUGUCAAAAUUGAGUCUCAUAUUAAAAGCAAUUUCAAGGAAAAGUGAAGGACUCAGUGGCCGUGUAUUAAGGAAACUUCCUUUUCUAGCCCAUGCACUUUAUAUUCAAUCGCCUAAUGCUACGAUGACAACUUUUCUUCAAGCUCUGUCACUUGUGGUAGACAAGCAAUUUGAAGAAAGAACAAAACUUGCAGAUUCUGUUUGAUGUUUUUUUAUUUCCCUUCUAUAAUGCUUUAGUAUACAUAUUAGCUAUCUUGUUUACAAGAUUGUAGUGUUUUUCUGAAUGAACACUGGGACUUCAUAGUGAGAACGAUGGGCUUUGAACUAAGAGAACAAUUCAGUGGAAGUCUGUUUUUC